AUGGGAGCAAAGGGAAUUCUUGAGAGAUACCUCCAGAUCAAGCCCAAAGUCUUGUUUGUGGAUGCAGAGAUUCUUUACGCGGGCAAGACAAUCGACUUGAGAAACAAGCUGAAGACGGUAGUUGCGGAGCUGGUCAAGCAAGUUACAGAGCUUGAAAAAGUUAUUGUGACCUAUGGCUCCACUUGGAAUGAUCCUUCUGUAACCCCCCUGUCCCAAUUCUUGAACGUUAAACCCGAGCCUUUGACAUACGUACAACUCCCAUUUGACCACCCAAUAUACAUUCUCUAUUCAUCUGGAACAACCGGACCCCCCAAAUGCAUUUGCCACGCAGCAGGCGGUGCGCUGUUACAACAGAAGAAGGAUUACAUCCUCGGUUUCGACAUGGGGCCUGACGAUGUGUAUUAUCAAUACACUACUCAUGUGGGCCUAACUAGCGGUUCUGGUGGAACUGAUCUUGUAGCUGGCAUUGUCGGAGGCACUCCACUUCUGCCUGCCCAUCGUGGGGAAUUGGCCGCCUCGAUUCUGGGAAUGAAGGUGGAGAUCUGGGAUUUGGAUGGCAAUAAUAUCGAAGAUACAGGUGAAAAGGGUGAUCUUGUUGUAACAAAGCCUUUCUUCAGCAUGCCUAUCACCUUCUGGGGUGACGGCGGAGAAGAGAAGUAUAGAAAGGCGUAUUUUGAUACAUUCCCCGGUAUCUGGCAUCACGGCGAUUAUAUCCGUAAAAAUCUGAAGACCCAAGGCUAUGAGAUUCUUGGUCGCAGUGACGGCGUUCUGAAUCCAGGAGGUGUGCGAUUCGGAACAGCUGAGUUGUACGGCAUCAUCGACAAAUUCCCCCAAGUUCAGGAUUACAUCGCGGUAGGACAACGUCGCCCCAAGGACUCUGAUGAGCAGGUCUUGAUGUUCCUAAAAAUGAAAAAAGGGCGGUUGAGCCAAGAUCUUCGUGAAAGCAUCCAAAAUGCUGUUCGACAACAACUCAGCCCUAGACAUGUACCGGCACACAUACUCGAAGUCAAUGAUAUCCCAUACACUAUGAACGGCAAGCGUAUCGAGGCUUUGGUCCGAGAAGUCGUUUGUGGCAGAACGCCAAAGGUUGGCGGUAUGGCAGUCAACCCGGAGUCGCUGGAGGAAUACAAAAAAUUUGUCGACCUACCUACCACUGCUGCUCGCGCGAAGCUGUGA